CACAACCGUCCGCCCGCGAUCUGCCGGCCGCGGGGAAGGAAGAAAGGAGCGCAGGAGGCGGAGGCAUGGAUCCGCAGCCCCCUCCACCGGCCCAGGGCAGUCCUCCACACCGUGGCCGGGGCCGGGGCCGGGGCCGAGGCCGUGGCCGUGGCCGUGGCCGUGGCAGGGGGGGCGCCGGGGCUCCUCGGGCGCCACUGCCCUGCCCCACCUGCGGCCGCCUCUUCCGCUUCCCUUACUACCUCUCCCGGCACCGGCUGAGCCACUCGGGGCUCAGGCCCCACGCCUGCCCGCUGUGCCCCAAGGCCUUCCGCCGGCCGGCGCACCUGUCCCGCCACCUGCGCGGCCACGGGCCGCAGCCCCCCCUGCGCUGCGCCGCCUGCCCGCGCACCUUCCCGGAGCCCGCGCAGCUCCGGCGCCACCUGGCCCAGGAGCACGCGGGCGGCGAGGUGGAGCUGGCCAUGGAGAGGGCGGUGAAGGCCGAGGCUGAGCCAGGCCUAGGCCCCCAGGACGACGCCGACGCCGACGCCGACGCCGGGCAGCCCUCUGCGGCCGCCCCCGAGCCUGCGGAGCCCCCCGCGUCCCCCGCGAGCGCCGAGCCCCAGGAGCCCGGCGCGGAGGAGGCGGAGGCCGGGGCGGCCGAGCUGCGCGCUGAGCUGGCGCUGGCAGCCGGGCGGCAGGAGGAGAAGCAGGUGCUGCUCCAGGCCGACUGGACGCUGCUGUGUCUCCGCUGCCGCGAGGCCUUCGCCACCAAGGGCGAGCUCAAGGCUCACCCGUGUUUGCGCCCUGAAGGUGACCCGGAGGCGGACGGGGGUCCCCCGCCGCGCCCCAAGCGCCACCAGUGUUCCAUCUGCCUCAAGGCCUUCGCCAGGCCCUGGUCCCUGUCGCGCCACCGCCUGGUCCACUCCACUGACCGCCCCUUCGUGUGUCCAGACUGCGGCCUGGCCUUCCGCCUGGCUUCCUACCUCCGCCAGCACCGCCGCGUCCACGGCCCGCUCAGCCUGCUGGCCCCGCCGCCGGGCCAGGCCCCGGGGGCUCGGAACUCAGGGAAGGGGUCCGAGGGGGGCGAAGGUGCUGCCCAGGGUGGCGAAGGCGGGCAGAACGGAGGAGAGGCCGGCCCGGCCCGGGCUCCCGCGGGAGAGCCCCGCUUCUGGUGCCCCGAGUGCGGCAAGGGCUUCCGGCGCCGGGCGCACCUGCGGCAGCACGGGGUGACCCAUUCCGGGGCACGCCCCUUCCAGUGCGUGCGCUGCCAGCGCGAGUUCAAGCGCCUGGCCGACCUGGCCCGCCACGCGCAGGUACACGCGGGUGGCCCGGCCCCGCACCCCUGCCCGCGCUGCCCGCGACGCUUCUCCCGCGCCUACAGCCUCCUGCGCCACCAGCGAUGCCACCGCGCCGAGCUGGAGAGGGCCGAGCUGGAGAGGGCGGCGGCCCUGCAGGCGCUCCAGGCCCAGGCUGCGACCUCGCCCCAGCUGCCGCUGCUUAAGCAGGAAACCGAAGGGUCCCCCCUGACCCCCGCACACAUCAAGGAAGAGCCGCCCUCCCCGGGGACCCCACCCCAGUCUCCACCCUUGCCCCCCGUCUUCCUCAGCGCCUCCUGCUUUGACAGCCAAGACCACUCAGCCUUUGAGAUGGAGGAGGAAGAGGUGGACAGCAAAGCCCACCUGCGGGGGCUGGGGAGCCUGGCUUCCUGACCCCACACUUCCCCCGGCCUUCCAGGAGGAGGGCAGCCGAAUUAGAGACCUCCUCUGCCGACCCCUCAAGCCCUUGACACUAUGGAGUGGAGGCCUGGACCUACCACCCUCCCCAUUUCCCACCCCCAGACCCCUGAUUCGCGUUAGGGACGGCUCACCCCAGUGGGAGUCGAAGGCAGGAUGACCCCGAAAAGGAGGGGCAGGCACUUGACCAGAGGGGUGCAGACUAGGGGUUCACCCAGCCCAUCCCCCGUUAUACACACUGGACACUAUCACCUCUUUGGAACUGCCAGACCCUGGGGAUUCCCAGGGAGCACAGCUCUGUCCCUCAUUCCUCUGUCUGUCUGUGAAUAAA